AUGAGUAAGAAAGGUGGACGUAAGAAUAAGAAGGUGACUAAAUUAAUUAUUGGUGAAGAAGAAAUUAAUAAUGUAGAUGACCUUUUAACUACUUACGUUGAAGAAAAAAAAGGAGUAAAACCAAAAGAAUCUUCUGAUAUCUAUGUCCCUAAUUUUGCUAAUCAUCAAGAAAGACAACAAAGACAACCACGUGCUGAAGGUGAAAAAAAAGAAGAUGAUGGGUUGUGGACUGUCAGACAUGGACAUGGCCAUGACUUCAAGAGACGCCCCCCUAAAAGAGAUAGAGAAGAGGCUGGUGAACCUCAACCUAGUGAGGCUGAUACAGCUGAUUCAUGGAGAAGAAAAGAAGGAGAAGAAUUCGUACCUAGAAAAGGAGGUGAAGGUGCUGAAAGAAAUCAAAGAGAGUUUAGAGAACAUGGACCAAGAGAAUCUAGACAACAAACUGGACCAAGUGAGGCCGAUACAGCUGACUCAUGGAGAAGAAAGGACGGAGAGGUGUUUGUCCCUAGAAAAGCACCAACUGAAUUUAGAGAACACGAGCAAAGAGAACCUCGACAACAAACUGGACCAAGUGAGGCUGACACAGCUGAUUCAUGGAGAAGAAAAGAAGGUGAAGUAUUUGUUCCAAGAAAAGCACCAACUGAAUUUAGAGAACAUGAACAAAGAGAACCUCGACAACAAACUGGACCAACAGAAGCUGAUACAGCUGAUUCAUGGAGAAGAAAAGAAGGUGAAGUAUUUGUUCCAAGAAAAGUUUCACAUGAAGAAUAUAGACACGAAAAUAAUGAAAGACAGCACAAAGGAUUCAAAGAAAGAGAAGCACCUCAACCAAGUGAAGCUGAUACAGCUGAUUCAUGGAGAAGAAAAGAUGAUGACGGGUUUGUUCCUAAAAAAACAUAUGAAAGAAGAUAUGAGAAUACAGAAAAGCCACAUAGAGAGUUUGGAGAAAGAAGAACAGAUGAUAGAGGAAAGAGAACAUAUGGACCUAAAGAUGGUCAACAUCAAAAUACAAAGAAAAGUACUCAACAUAUAAAACAAGGUAAAAAGACUCCAAAGCAAUCAUCUAAACCUGUUGUUGAUGAAGAAGGAUGGAUGACUCAAUAA